AUGGCUAAUGAUGGAAAUGGAACCGGAUCAGCGGUCAAUGGUACUGAUCCAAUAGAGCAAAUUAUGGAAAGAGCAUUCCAGGACUUGAAACCUACCAUAUUCACUGGCAGUACAAACCCAUUGGUGGCAGAAGCUUGGGUCAGAGAUAUGGAGAAAAUUUUCAGCGCGCUACCUUGCACAGAAAGGCAGAAGGUGACUUUCGCCACAUUCACCCUCACAGACGAUGCACAAGAAUGGUGGCUACUUACCUUGAAGAAAGAACAUAUUGUGACUUUGGCCAGAUUCUUGGAGAUAUUCUAUGAAAAAUACUUUCUAGAUUCGCUGCGGGAACAAAAAGCGUCGAAAUUCAUACAUCUAAGGAAAUUUGAAGUAGGAUUGGAUGCUGAAAUCAAGGACAGACUGGAGGUUUUGAAACUACCAACCUCUGCACUGGUGGUAGAUCGAGCAUACAUUGCAGAAAAAGGGAUUGAAGCCUUGCGCUCUGCGGAACCAAGCCAAAGGAAGCGAUUUUGGGAAAGAGAUAACAGAAGACCCGGUGUCACGCCUCCCAAAAGGGACAAUGCCGUCGAGACACGGGAGCAUACUUUAGAUGUGGCCAAGUUGGCCACUUGCUAA